UGACCUGUGUGUGGCUGAGAAAUUACGUAAUGUCUGAGGUGCGGUACGGGAGAACUGAGUAGCUUGUGAACAUAGGCUCUGAGGCCUAUGUUUGUGUUUUGGUGAGAGGAGUUUUGCUCUCACCUGUAGCCCUUGCUUGCUUAUUACCCAAUCUCUCCUCUCCUCUUCUCUGAACCCUCUUCAGCUAGGCCCUGGUGUGUGUGUGGGUGUCUCUCCCUUCCACAUCCUCCUCCAUCUCCCUCCCCUACCUGAACAGCCUAGAAGGCUGGGCCCUUUCAGACGUGCUGGCUCUUCACUCCCUGGGGUGGGGGUUGGGGGAUCUUGAGGUGAGCAUCUCAAUAAGGCUGAGUGAGGAGAAACUGGUUUGGACCGGCCUCUUGUCACAGCCUGCCUCACCACUCACCACAUGCAUGUUAACUUGUCACCUCAACACCUCAACACACAGAUGAUGGCUUUGGUAAAAGGGUGAGAGAAGCCAGGGUGUAGCCUGGGACUCUGGGGUGACUGGACCAGACACCAGCAACUAGACCUAUUCGAUCCAGGAAGAAAGGUUUCCUGGAAGAGGUGAGUAUGUUGGUGAGAGAGAGGGUGAACUGGAUGGGGGCUGUGACCUUCAGGCCCUCUGUGAGGGACCCUGCCUGGCUGUCCCUGGACUAGCCCCACCCUACAACAUUAGACAUUGUUACAUCUUAGGAAACCAGGCUUCUCCCCAGGCAGUUCCUCCUCUGAGUGUUGCAAUGAGGGAGUUUUUCCGGCAGGGGGUGGGGUAGGGUGAGGACCCCUUGCUUAAUGACCUUCUUGUGGACUUGCUUACAGGGCAUAGCUGCUGGGGAAAGUUUGGCUUGUUCCCAGAUCUCUUCAGCAGACUAUAGUGGCUCCAGCUUCUGUCUUGGGCCUCUGCCUAACCCUGGUCUGUAGGAGACUGUCACUUUCAUCCUGCCACCAGAGAUCAGCAGGUCUGCCGGGAUGGGCCCAAGAUGAGGGCGGAGACAGGGUUCCAGAAUCAAGCUCAUUUUUAGGAGAUUCUGACUGACUAAGGUUCUGGUAGCACAGCUUGGUAGUGCUCUGGUGUGAAAGAAGAGCCUGAGAACAACACUGAGCGUGUGAGCGCGCCAACCUGAGAAGCAGCCAAGUAUACACAUACAUAUUUGUGUGGACACAUGGACACAGAUGUCUAGGUACAGAUGUGUGUGUGCUGUUGUACAUCAGAGCUCAUCCGAGAGCUCUGUGCAGUGACAAGGUCACAAGGGCAAAGGCACUCAGUCUGGCGUCCGCUGUGAUGCUGCGUGGCUGUGCCCGCAUGUGUCUUCUUGCCACAUCUCAGGUGGGACCGAGUGUGCAAGAGCUGGCACAGCUGGUGUGUCCUAUGUGUGGAUGGAUAUGCAAAUGUUCCAGCAGUGAUGGGAGAAAAAAAAGAAGAGAGAAGUCAGGAUGGGCCAGAGCUCAGGCCUUCUGGCUUCCUGAAGAGGGUAGGAUCUGGGCAGCUGGCUGGCAGAAAUACUGACAAGGCCUGCUUUAUCUUUCCCGCUGUUCUGUCUCACCCUCAGGUUUCCGCCACCUUCCAGGGACCAUGCAUCAGUCCUACUGACCCAGGAGUGGGGGCCUGUGGGCAGGGCACCUGGGAUGGGCUGUGUGUUCUGCAAGAAGUUGGAGCCUGCAUCCAAGGAGGAUGUGGGCCUGGAAGGGGACUUCCGGAGCCAAGGGGCUGAAGAACGCUAUUACCCUGACCCCACUCAAGGCCAGUCUUCGUCCAGCUUUCCUCAGCCCACCAGCCCUGCUUUCCUUAAUGUUGGCAACAUGAGAAGCAUCUCAGGGACCGGAGUGACCAUUUUCAUCGCCCUGUAUGACUAUGAGGCCAGGACAGGGGAUGACCUCACCUUCACCAAAGGCGAGAAGUUCCACAUCCUGAACAAUUCGGAGUAUGACUGGUGGGAGGCUCGCUCCCUGAGUUCCGGACACACCGGCUAUGUUCCCAGCAACUAUGUGGCUCCUGUGGACUCCAUCCAGGCUGAAGAGUGGUACUUUGGAAAGAUCAGUAGAAAGGAUGCAGAAAGGCAACUUCUCUCCUCUGGCAACCCUCAGGGAGCCUUUCUCAUUCGGGAAAGUGAGACCACCAAAGGUGCCUACUCCCUGUCCAUCCGUGACUGGGACCAGAACAGAGGCGACCACAUAAAGCAUUAUAAGAUCCGAAAGCUGGACACUGGUGGCUACUACAUCACCACACGGGCCCAAUUCGAAUCCGUGCAGGACCUGGUGCGGCACUACAUGGAAGUGAAUGAUGGUCUGUGCUACUUGCUCACGGCACCCUGUACCACCAUGAAGCCCCAGACCCUAGGCCUGGCCAAGGAUGCCUGGGAGAUUGACCGUAGCUCCAUAACUCUUGAACGCAGGCUGGGCACCGGCUGCUUUGGAGACGUGUGGCUGGGCACGUGGAACUGCAGCACAAAGGUGGCAGUGAAGACGUUGAAGCCGGGCACCAUGUCCCCAAAGGCCUUCCUGGAGGAAGCACAGAUCAUGAAGCUGCUGAGGCACGACAAGCUGGUGCAGCUGUACGCGGUGGUGUCAGAGGAACCCAUUUAUAUAGUGACAGAGUUCAUGUGCUACGGUAGCUUGCUGGAUUUCCUAAAAAACCGAGAGGGUCAGAACUUGAUGCUGCCCCAUCUAGUGGAUAUGGCUGCCCAGGUAGCUGAGGGCAUGGCCUACAUGGAGCGCAUGAACUAUAUCCACCGAGACCUGAGAGCAGCCAACAUCCUGGUGGGAGAGCAUCUGAUAUGCAAGAUCGCUGACUUCGGGCUGGCACGCCUCAUAGAGGAUGAUGAGUACAAUCCCCAACAAGGAACCAAGUUCCCCAUCAAGUGGACAGCCCCAGAGGCUGCCCUCUUUGGCAGAUUCACUGUCAAAUCAGACGUGUGGUCUUUUGGGAUUCUGCUUACUGAACUGAUCACCAAGGGCAGAGUUCCUUACCCAGGUAUGUACAACCGGGAAGUGUUGGAACAGGUAGAACAUGGCUACCACAUGCCAUGCCCUCCGGGAUGCCCAGCAUCCCUGUAUGACGUCAUGGAGCAAACCUGGCGUCUGGAUCCAGAGGAGAGGCCCACCUUUGAGUACCUGCAGUCUUUCCUGGAAGACUAUUUUACCUCCACGGAACCACAGUAUCAGCCCGGAGACCAGACAUAGCCUGAUUGGGUAUCAGUGACCCUCUGGGAGUAUGUACUUGUCCUUGCCAAUCGCCAAUCCCCAGGGCACUCUGGUCCCAGUGCUCCAAGACUUGGAACCCUGUGGAAUCCUAGCACAUCAGAGAAGGUCUGAAGCUCUGAAGUCAUUUUAUAGAGGGUACAAAUGGAGACUAGGGGUUCAUCUCUUACCUUUCCUGACCCCAGGCGCUUUUUCUUCCCUUCCCACCCAUGCCCCAUCCAAAAAUCUAGGAUUCACUCACUCACUUCACAGAUGAAGUAAAUGGAUGCUCAGAGCUCAUCUCUCGAACACUCUGACCCCAGUACCAUUUCCCCAUCCCAUCAGGCUUCCACAUAUUGUUAGUUUCUCUCUCCCAUUUCCUAAAAAUACUCAUACUUUGUCUAGUUAUUUAUAAAAUUGUAUUUCUCUUCUGCCACUUAUCCCUUAUUCCUGAUUUCCUACCUCCUGUUCCAGCGCAGACCCUAAGAACUUAAUUCUUAGGCUUUCUUGGGUUUCUCUUCAUUACAAAGGCAGGGAACGGAACGUCUUUGCUUGAUUCCCUGCCUUCACACCGGAUGCUCUGGUGCAGGCCUGGGUCUGAGGGAGAGAGCCCUUGGAGGGUCACCACCUCUCUGAGGGAUGUGUAUGUGUUUAUUCAUUAUGUAAGAACAAUGAUGAGAUACACAUCUGGCUAUGACAAUUCCCUGAGCCAUCUAUGGAGAGGAGUGGUAAUUCGCAGGAGGCUUUGGCUAUUUGUGGGGAGGGCAGAGUAGGGUGAUGAGCAGUUCCCUCUUACCUACUAAGUACUAGGUACCCAGUGCAUGGAGUUUCAGGACACCCCUAAGUCCCACUGUUCACCUACAUGUCAGUUUACCAUGUGUUGAGAGACACAGAAAGCAGGUGAUUCCAAAUAGACAAAUGUGGUUUUGAA